UAAAAUAAGAUAUAGCUCAAGUAAAAAUCCUCAAUUAUUGAGAAUGCGUAAAGUAACUAUGCAUGACUCAUAUUCCGUUAGUAAUAAUCCAACUAUACGAUCAAAGAUCGUCUUAUGAGAUCAAAUUAUUAAUCUAAAUCAAUCCACUCAUCUUAGGAUUUGCUAAACCGCUUAUUAAUCUCAUGACCUCGUUUUAAAUUAAAUCCAUAAUUAGAAAUGAUUGAGUCUAAUUAAUGAAUUAAUAAUUCUAGAGUCGAUUCUACUUGGGCUCAACAAAUAAUAAGAAAAUCUGAUUAUCAAUUGGGAGCAACAUAAGACAACCCAAUUAAAAUAAAAGAAACUGGGCCCAAUCAAUUAAAUCUGCAGCCCACAUAAUUUAAAGAAUUGGCCCAAAGAAAAUAAAAUACAAGACCCAAAUGAAUUAAUAAAAGGCCCAAAUCACAGCCCAAAGACUAAAAUAAAUAAAGCCCAAAGAAUUGGCCCAACUCCAUCUUCUUCUCCCUCAAACACGGUCCAUACUAUUCUCUCACCCACACAAUUUCAGAUCUCUCUCUCUCUUCAAAGAAACGCACACACAGACGCACAUCUCACCCUCUCACGCGAUCUGCCGCCGCCGCCUGAGACCCGCGAAGGAUCCGGCGCAACCGCCGCCGACAGAUGUUGCUGUUGUCGCUGCUGUCUGAGAUCGGUGGUCAAAACGCCUGCUGGAGGAACGCCGCCGCCGUUAGCUCGUCCGAAGUCGCCGCCAACUACCGCUGCUGUUUCGCCGGAGUCGCGGCCUGGAGCUGCUGCAGCUCGUUCGGUGGUCAGUGGCUCAUUGGAGGAGCGCCGCCGUCGGCCGCUGCUGUUGACAGCAAGAGCCCGGCAGCCGCCUCUCCCGGAGCCGCCGUCGCCGUGAGUCGCAGAGCUCCGACAGUCCACUACCCUCUCAAUCCAUUUAAUCGAUUCUCAAUCGGACAAGGCAAGGAGGAACUUAGGAAGAAACUGGAGAGGAUCAGGUCAAUCUUACCUCUCGAAUCUUGCAGCAAUUAUGACAACUUCCUCAAGCUGUUGAUGCGUAAAGAGAGAAGGAUUUGGUGGGUGAUAUAAUAAGGAGUGAAG